AUGUCGUCAGUAGUCGAAAAACCAAUAUGGGAUGACGUGGACGAAGCUAUGGUGGAGGAAGUUAUGCGUAUGUCAACAGAAGAGUUAACGAGUAGAGCAAGGUUGUUGGAUGCUGAAAUUCGCUUUAUGAAAUCAGAAUUGCACCACGUUGACCAUGUUAUCAAAAUGAUGCAGGCUAAAGUAAAAGAUAGCAAAAGCAAAAUCAAAUUGAACAAAGCUCUACCUUAUUUAGUGGCCACCGUUGUUGAAUUGUUAGAUGUAGAACCUCUGGAAGAUGAGGUUGAAGAAGGUGCAAAUGUUGAUCUUGAUUCUCAGCGCAAAGGGAAGUGUGCAGUUAUAAAGACAAGCACAAGGCAGACUUACUUCUUACCAGUCAUCGGACUUGUGCCUCCUGAGAUUUGA